AUGACCUCAGACCUCAAAGAUGUCCUUUUACCAUCAACUGUUUCUUCAAACUUGCCAUCAACUGAGUUUGAAGGUUCAGGAGCCACUGAUGAGGCAGAAAUUCAUGAGACUGGCCAAACAUCAGAGCCAAUGAGACCUGCAAGUUCUUCACAUUCCACUUCAUCAACAAAUGAAUUGUUUUCAAGCACAGUGCAAACAGUAGAUACAGACUCAUCUUCUGAACAAGGUAGUGGAGACAUUUCAGAAAAUGAAGUGGCUGAAGAUGAUGGCUCUGGUGAAAUAUCCUCUGCUGUUGUAGAAUCAAUACCUCGCCAUGUUGCACCAUCAGAGGACAAGACAACUGCUGUUGGUUUUGAGUCAACUCCUGCUUCUGCAGUGCAACCAUCAGAAAAUGUGACAGCAACAAUAGAUGUUACAACAACUGUGAGUGGAAAAGCUAUACCAAGCUCAUUUUUUACUCUCACAGAGGUAGAAGGUUCUGGUCAGCAGACACCAGAGAUGUUCACCACAGCUCCCUCAUCUAUGAUCACAAGUCAAGAGGUCAUGAUACCUCAAAGAGAGAUUGUCUCUUCAAUGACUGAAUUUUCCAUGAUUAGUCACACAACUAAAGAAACCAGCACCCACCUUACAACAGAAUCAGUUAGAUCAAGUUAUACAACAACAGAGCCUGUUAGUUCAAGACUCACCUCAGUGUCUUCUAGACCUUCUCAUACUAUUACCGAAUUACAGUUGACUAAACACACCACAGAAUCAAUUAUUAGUCCUACUGCAAUUGGAUCAGGUAAACUUAGUUUCACUUCAGUGGCAACAGUUGAAUCUGACCACACUGCACCUUCAGGUAUUCAAACGAUGCCUGGUCCUUUUAAGCACAUCCAAAUAUCAACAGUCACUGCUAGUUAUGAAGCAACUUCAGCUCUUCUCAGGACAAAAACCAUGUUUACAUCUUCGAGUAAAAGCCAAAGCAAGCACACAACAAUUUCAUCUGAUGCAGAGGAUGAUACAACAGAUGAUGAAGGAUCAGGGGUCUCCCCUGUCAUGCAUGUUUCAUCAUCGGCCAUCAAAACUCAGACUGGUUCUCCUACAGUUCAUAUAACUAGCACUGGCUUCACAGAACUAGACAGAGACAUCACUAUAACACAAAAUUUAAUCCCUAUCAUAUCUGCCUCUGUAGAGAGUGAAGGCUCUGGUAUUGCAGAAGAUGACCAGGAAACUACUCAAGUGGAUAGUUCUGGUGAAGGAUUUAACAGAGUAAAUCCAACAGAUGAAAUGUAUGACAAUUAUACCGUGCCCACUGAUGACAUUGAAAUCAGUGAGGCUAACCACACAUCAGAGCUAGUGAGCUUUGUAAGUUCCUCCCAUUCUACGUCCUUCACAACUAAAUCAACAUUGUUGUCUAGCACGGUCCAAACAACAGUGAGAUUUUUAUCUACUGAAGGUAGUGAAAUAACAGCUGAAAGUGAAGUGGAUGAAGAUGGUGGCUCUAGUGGUGAAAUAUCACCAUCAGCUCUUGAGUCAAUUCCUCCUCAAGAUACACCCACUGAGGACAAAACUACUUCAACUACAACCACACAACCACAGGAACCUGAAGCUGCAACACCUGCUGCAGAACUGACAUCUGAGGCUUUAUCAGUUUCAGAGACACAAAAGAGUACCUUACAUUCAAGCACUCCAGAUACUGACUUAAAUAGGUUUGCAUUAUCAACCACAGAGGAUGACAAGGAAUUUACCUCACCACGAGAUCCUACUGAUGAAAUAUCCAAAACACUAACAACUAAGGCAUAUGAGGACCUAACUGUAAGAACCGACGAGGCAGAAGUUGAUGAGACUGAGGAGAAAACAGGUUUCUUGAGUGCUGCAUCUGUCACUGGCAGUACAGAUUUCAUACAUCAGUCAAUUUUAUCUCCAUCUCCCUCAUUCCUAAGCUCCACCCAGUCAACUGUAACGUUUACAACUUCACUUUCAGAGGAUGGCAGUGGGGAAGACUCAACUGAGGGGGAUGGAGCAGAAGAUGAUGGAUCAGGUGAUGAUACAACUCCUGUGACAUCUUCACCUUUGCUAUCAAGCUCAAAGAUGACAGAAACAACGAUUAGCCUUACACCCUUUAGCUCAGUCAAAAGUGGACAGUACAGUACAGCCAGAGUUGUUUCACAGGGACGCACAACAAUUGAAAUGCAGAGUGUGUUUUCAAGCACAAAUGCUGAAGGUUUCGCUCUGGUGUCAGUGACAGCACCGACAGAGCAGGGACAUUCUGGUGCUUCUGUCUCAGAUUUAGCAGCAACUAGCUUUACAGCUCCAGGAACACCAUCUGGUGUGAUAACCAGCCACACUAAAUUGCCUUCUUUCAUGACACCUCAAGAUCCUGUGUCCACUGCUACUCCAUUGGUCUUCUCUAGGGACAGUGCUGAUCAGCAAGUCACUCCAACAAGCCCAGUCUUAAUAUUCACAGAGGAGGAGGAAGAUGAAGAUAAGCUGUUUUCAACUGUAACAGAAAGUAUGAGAGAUCAUAGCAUCAAACCUGAAGUUUUCAAUAAGGAUGACAUUAUUAUUGAUGCAGAUACUAUGUCUGUUUUAGAGCAGUCUUCUCCCUUCGCCCCUACAAUUGUUACAGAAGAAGCAGCUGUGGUAACCCCAAUUGUCAUGACGGCACAACCCUUAAGGUUUAUGACAGAGGAACCAGAGGGAUCUGGAAUGGAUGGCACUGAGUUACCUCAGUUACAUGUGUCAUUUGAAACCACAACAGACAGGUUAAUAGUUCAACAAACCCAAUCAACCCCAGACAUCCUGCAGAGCAGUUCAACAUAUUUAGAAGAGGAAACACAAGAAACACAAUCUCCCGAGGCUACUGAUGCUGAUGUACCUGAACACACACAAGAUGGUCAGACCUCCACAGAAUCCACAGAAUUUACAAUGGAGACACUGACUGAUGUCUUCUCAGGAGACGCUUUGUCUACUGAUGAUUCUAUUCUGGAAACUGAUUUAACCCCCAUGCCAUCUCAAGUGUCCACAGACAGAGUCAUAGAAAUGGUCUCAGCUGAAGAGGACCCAUCUGAAGUUGUAUCAACACAAGCUUCCAAGACCAAAAACAAAACAAUGCCACCAACAACCCUAAAAAGAAAGACAACACCUCUGCCACUACAUACAUCUUCUGAGGUGGAAGCUUCAAGUGAAUUAUCUGACCAAUAUGAACCUACUCAAACAACUAUGUCCAGUCACCUUUUCACUUCAUCCAUUGCUGUUACAAGUAGUUCUCUUUAUGUUGAUUCUGUUUCACCUGAAGAGGAAAUAAACUUUACUGGAGAUUAUGUAACAUCUGCCUCAUCAAGUUCUGGAGAAAGUGUUUCUUCACAACAUCCAGAUGAGAUCACAGGCACUGAACAGCCAGUUUCUCCAGUAUUGGAUUUAACAAGCACUGCAUCUUUCCAUACUGCAUCAAGUGCUAGCAUGACUGAACCUGCCAAAACCACUACAAGUACAUACACCAAAACAGCAGCAACAGAUGAUAAUGACUUAACAGCUGACACAGAGGAAACAUUAUGCAUGACAAGUGUUGAUGACAUUGAACUCAGUAGUCCCUCUACUGAUAAGGCAAUUCAGGGGAGUGAUUUAACAAGCACAGAUAUAUCAUCUAGAUCUGGUAUUUCAGAGGAAACCACAAGUGCAUUAUUUUCUUCAACAGAUUAUGGCUCAGGGGACCAAACAAUUGAAACAGUUACAGGACUGUCUGAUUCAACAGACUCACCUUUAAUAACUGAAGAUGAUUCAGUGACAUCAUCUAUGGAGAGUGAUAGUGUGAUUUACUUUGCAACAACCCCUUUGCCUGAAGCAAUUACAGUAACUGAAGGCGAACCAUAUCAUCAAGCUUUGUCUGAGAUGACAGUGACACAUAAGCCCAACACAGACAUCAGGAUUGAUGAAGACGUGCCAUUGCCAUCAACAACCAUUCACACACCUCUUAUAUCUGCAUCAAAGUUUAAUACGACUAUGGACAUAGUAACAUUAGUGGGAUCUCCUUCAUCUACACCCAUACCAGGGCUGAGUGACAAAACAGUAGCUCCACUUUCCUCUGAGGAAGAGACAGAUAACAUAAUAGAUUAUGAUACAAAAACUGAACCUUACAAUGUAUAUUCCAUGCCAGAUUUCAUGAACAAAACAGACAUCGACAAUGACAUUAGCUUAGAAGAUGUGACUAGCAUUGAUGACAUCACUCAUCCUGAAGGUGAGAAGAGCUUCUCUACCUCACCACCUGAUGCUGAGACAAGCUUUGAGACCACCUCAGAGCCUGAUGUUGAGACUGGUUUUGAGACCACCUCACAGCCUGAUGUUGUGACUGGUUUUGAGACCACAUCACAGCUUGAUGUGGAGAAUGGUUUAGAGACCAUCUCACAGCCAAAUGUUGACACUGGUUUUGAGACCAGCUCACAGCCUGAUGUUAAGACAUGCUUUGAGACAACCGCACAGCCUGAUGUUGAGACUAAUUUUGAAAUCACCUCACAGCCUGAUGUUGAGACUAGUUGUGAAAUCACUUCACAGUCUGAUGUUGAAACUAGCUUUGAGACAACCUCAAAAUCAAAAAUUGACACCGACAUUGAGACCUCAAAAUCUGAGGAGGACAGUGCAACAAGUGUUGAUGGAAACACACAAGCAGAAGUUUUGAAUACUGAGACCACCUCUCAGCUUGACACGGAAACAAGCUUUGAGACAACCAUGCAACCAGACAUUGAGAGUGAAACUACUUUUGAGAGUGGCUCAAGAACUGAGAGUGAUGCUUCAGUCACCAGGUCACCAAACAGUGGAACAAGUAGUUCAGAGAAAAGCACACCUGGAGAGGUAAACACCAUAUUAUCUGAUAAGCAUCACACCACAGCAAGACUUUCUGAUAUCACAGCUAAACCAAGUUCCACUGCUACAAGUGAAGAAAAAUUAUUGGAAGAAAGAGUUGAGCAUACAACCCAAUCCAAACAAAAUGACACAGGAUUCAGGACCACCACACAACCUCAAUAUGAUGGUUCUGUAACUUCCAGUAGUUUGAAGAGCAGCUCAGAGAAGGAUUCAGUUGUCAUCCCAUCAUCUGAUGAGGUUCAGGUAGUAAUUCUGUCUACUGCAACAGCCUCACCUUUUCUUCUGACACCUGAGUCUGAUAUAAAGAUUGACAGUAAGGAAACUGCCUCAAGGAAACAAGAAGCAGCUGGUCAGAUUGAGGAAGCUGUAACUCUUACAACUGAGAUUCCAAUUCAAGAAGAAGAUCAGAUGACAUCAUCAGUACCUACAACCCAAAGUGAGACUGCAACACCAUUUUCCUCCCAUGAAGACGUUUCUGAGGCCACUUUGGUUAAAAGCUCACCUCCAAGUGCACAGAAUGAAAGCACAACACACAGUACAGCAGACCUUCCAUACACAAUGAUCGGACAGACAUUUGAUAUUCCAGAUGUUCAUUCCUGUUCUGAUGAUGUUUGCUUGAAUGGCGGUUCUUGUGUAAAAAUAGUCGGUGCUCAGAUCUGCAGCUGUCCACCUGGAUACAGUGGUGACCAGUGUGAAAUAGACAUCGAUGAAUGUCAAACAAACCCUUGUCGUAAUGGAGGAACAUGUAUUGAUGGCCUGAACUCAUUCACCUGUGUAUGUCUUCCGAGUUAUGCAGGAGCACUGUGUGAGAAAGACACUGAAACAUGCAGCUAUGGCUGGCACAAGUUCCAGGGCCACUGCUAUAAAUUCUUUCCUCAUCGGCAUAACUGGGACACAGCAGAGCGGGAAUGUCGCCUCCAUGGGGCACACCUGGCUAGUGUCCUGUCCCAUGAGGAGCAGCAGUACAUCAACCGCCUCGCCCAUGACUACCAGUGGAUCGGUUUGAAUGAUAAGAUGUUUGAGAAUGAUUUCCGGUGGACGGAUGGUAGUGUUGUGCAAUAUGAAAACUGGAGACCAAACCAGCCGGACAGUUUCUUUUCCUCAGGAGAGGAUUGUGUGGUAAUGAUCUGGCAUGAGGAUGGCCAGUGGAAUGAUGUUCCCUGCAACUACCACCUCACCUUCACCUGCAAGAAAGGCACAGUGUCCUGCAGUCAGCCUCCUCUUGUCCUUAACACCCGCACAUUUGGCCUGCUGCGCCCACGCUAUGAGAUCAACUCACUGAUCAGGUACCAGUGCAUGGAUGGCUUCAUCCAGAGACAUGUUCCCACCAUUCGCUGCAGAGGAGACGGCACAUGGGAUUUGCCAAGGAUUUCCUGCAUGAGUCCCUCCAACUUCCAAAGGUCAUAUGCAAGGUAUCAGACAUACAGAGUUUUUCGCAGUCACCGGAAGAGAUCAGCAGAAAAGUCUGCUGAUGUUCUCCAAGGACACCAUCGCCAUGGUGUAAAACACAAACAGUUGCUAUGGUAACACCACCCUAAUGCAAGGACCCUUUUAAUAUUUUUUGAUAGCAUAAGACAGAUCUGCCUGCUGGCUGAGAGAAAAGAUUAUAAAAGAAUAGAUUAUGAAAAGGACCAGAAAAAGGGUCAACACAGAGUGGAGUAUCACUGGAAUGAAACAGUAGCUUUUAUCUUUUAAGAGAGAUGGUUUUUAAGAACUACAUAAUGGACACAUAUUCAGCUGGCCUCUGAAAACGAAAAGAUUAUCUGACCUGCCCUCCAUCUGUUCUGCUUCUUUUGGGGAAUACACAGUGCCUUCAUAAAUUAUAACUUUCAAUCCAGAUGUAAGUGAGCUAUAAUAGUGCAACUAGCAUAAAUAUUAUGGUUCAUGGUAUUUUAGCCUAUAAACAUAAUGGUACAUUUUGAUACACACUUUGCCACAUGAUUCUUUCAGUCUUUUUUCAAGUUUACUAGAACCACAGGUGUAUGCAGGCAUCCUGCUGCUUACUGAACAAAUGAGAAAUCAUACACAUGAAUGUGAAAGAAAAUAUAUUUAUAUAGGCAGAGUGAGCAAUGGCUCACAUGGAGGCAGUGUUUGUUGUGGUAUAAAAAGGCCAAUAAUCUCAUUAAAAAAACUGCAUCCAAUGCAGUGAAUGGUUUUGAUAUCUUAAAGUCAACACAAUAUGGUUUAAUACUUUCAAUACUUUGACUUUAAGCUAUUAAUUGAAAAGCCAUGAAGAUUUCAGGUUAUGAAUGCACAUUUCAAUUCACAUACAUUUAAUUCCACCACCAUUCAUCUAUAAACCAAAGAAACUUACUGUAUUUACUUAACAUCAUUUUCAUCAACUUUCAUGUUUUUUCACAGACAGUUUAAAACUACUUUAAAGAGAAUGUACUUUGUGAGAUGUUUAAAAGACUUGAAUGAAUGCCUUUU